AUGAAGGUCUCUUUCCUCACCACUCUCUUCCUGGCCGUCGCCCUCGCUCUCGAGACUCCUGUUCUCGAAAGACGGGCACAUGCAGGCACCCUUCGCAAAUUCAACGGCGCCGCUCCCCCUCCUCGUGCUGCCAAAGUCCCCUCCAGCGCUCCCGCCGGCUACAAGACAAGCGUAGCCACAGCCAACGUUAAGCUGUCAACCGACUCACUCACUCCUGCCACCCUCCGCCGCAGGGAGGACCAGGUGGAGACCCGUCAAGUUUCUGCCAGUGACUUCUUUGAAUGCUACAAUGCCAACCCCGCCCCCCGACCCCAAGACUGCGACGUAAUCGUCGACCAAGUCUCCAGCUCCAACGACCUGCUCAUCGUCUCGGCCAGCUCGUGUCUUGUCUUCUCUUUUGGCACCUGCCAGGCCUUCUUCUGCAGCUUGUGCACCACCCUGACGACAGACACCAACUUUAUCGCCGAUCAGCUCGAUAUUGUUGAUGCGCUGUGUGUCGAGGGCGGGCAGACGGGAUCGAUUGUGGGCGAGGAUGCCCCUCAGUGGGAUGCCGGGUUUACUUAUGCUGGGGCUGGGUUGCCUUUUUAUGAUGUUUGCUGA